AUGGGUGAAGCAGAUCGCCCAGGAAAGCUCUUCAUUGGUGAGCUUAAUACAGAAACCAAUGAGAAAGCCCUUGAAGCUGUGUUUGGCAAAUUUGGACAGAUAGUGGAAGUACUCUUGAUGGAAGACCGUGAAACCAACAAAUUGAGAGGAUUUGCUUUUGUCCCUUUUGAAAGCCCAGCAGAUGCAAAGGCUGCAGCCAGAGCCAUGAAUGGAAAGUCUCUAGAUGGAAAAGCUAUUAAGUCCCUGUAUCACGUGAAAGAGAUGGUUAUGGAGGCCCACCUCGAAGGGAGCCCUUGCCCUCUCGUAGAGAUGUUUAUUUGUCCCCAAGAGAUGAUGGAUAUUCUACAAAAGACAACUAUUCAAGCAGAGGUUACCCAAGUCCUGGUGAUACAAGAGAUUAUGCACCACUACCAAGAGAUAAUACUUACCAUGAUUACGGUCAUUCCAGUUCACGUGAUGCCUAUCCAUCAAGAGGUUAUAGUGACAGAGAUGGUUAUGGUCAUGAUUGUGAUUAUUCAGAUCACCCAAGUGGAGGUUCCUACAAAGGUUCAUAUGAGAGUUAUGGUAACUCGCGUAGUGCUCCACCUACAUGAGGGCCCCCGCCAUAUUAUGGUGGAAGUGAUCACUAUGAUUACAACAGCUCACGUGACGGAUAUGGUGGAAGUCGAGGCAGUUACUCAAGCAGCGGAAGUGAACUCUACUCGAGUGGUCGUGAUCGGGCUGGCAGACGAGAAAGAAGGCUUCCCCCUUCUAUGGAAAGCGGGUGCCCUCCUCCACGUGAUUCCUACAGCAGUUCAAGCUGCGGAGCACCAAGAAGUGGUGGCCUUGGAGGAAGCCGAUCUGAUAGAGGGGGAGGCAGAAACAGAUACUAGAAGCAAACAAAACUUUGGACCAAAAUCCCUGUUCAAAGAAACAAACAAAAUGGAAACUAUUCUGUCAUAACUACUCAAGGACUACUAAAAGGAAAAUUGUCUAA